AUGGAAUUUGCCACUUUGGUGCAGGGAACCAUGACGGUGCACCAGUAUGCAGCUAAAUUCAUUGAAUUAUCCUGUUUUGCUGCAUAUCUGAUUCCUGAUGAAGAAAAGAAGGCGCGUAAAUAUAAACAAGGGUUGAAUGAAAAACUUUAUGAACGAGUAGUGGGCUUUCAGAUUCGAAACUUCUCAAAGUUGGUAGAUAAGGCCAUAGUUUUUGAACGAAGCCUUCAAAGGAGCUUUGCAUUGCACAAUCAGAGGAGGAAGACUAUUUCAUCGGGACAUCAUUCUGGCAUGGACCAAGGAACGUGGAAAAAUAGGAAUGAAGGAAGGAAGCGGGACUAUGCUAACCAUUGUGGCAAAUUGGAUUACUAUCUCAGGGACUUUCCUUUGCAAUUGGAUAGCAACAGGCCACCACCACCUAGGGUAGAAGGGACAGUGCAAGGCAACAUCCAACGUACGACGGUGCCUGCACAAGUUUUUGCUUUGACACCUGGAGAGGAUGAGGAUAGGAAUAAUACUCUUUCUCUAUUUUCUAAUAAUGCCACUGUGUUAUUUGAUUCGGAAGUGACACAUUCUUUUAUUUCCAUGACUUAUUCUCAACUUUGCACCUUAGAAACUGAAAAGUUAAAGUCCAAGUUAGUGGUCGCAACCCCAACAAGAAAUUCGGUAGUCUCUGACAAGAUUCUACCAGGGUGUCCUUUAUCAAUUGAGGGAAGAUUAAUGCCAGCAGAUUUGAUAGUCUCUAACAUGAUCGAGUUUGAUGUGAUUUUGGGUAUGGAUUCACUGGCUUGCUACCACCCCAAUAUAGAUUGUUUUAAAAAGGAAGUGGUAUUUAGACCCCCAAAAGAAAGUGAAUUUCGGUUCACAGGUUCGAAAGUGAGGUUGCAUCCACCCAUCAUAUCUGUCAUUCAAGUUGGAAAAUUGUUACGUGAUGGUUGUCAGGGAUUCUUAGCCUACGUGGUAGAAGCACCAAAAGAGGAGUUGAAGUUAGAGAAGAUACCUGUAGUGAGGGAAUAUCUAGAGAUUUUCCCAGAAGAUUUACCUAGAUUCCCUCUCGAGCGAGAGGUAGAGUUUACUAUUGAACUAGUCCCAGGCACGGCACCUCUUUCAAAAGUACCUUACCGGAUGGCACCGUCUGAAUUAGUGGAACUCAAGGAGCAGUUGCAAGAUUUGUUGGACAAGAGUUUCAUCAGGCCCAGUGUAACACCUUGGGAGCUCCAGCUCUCUUUGUGA